UGCACUGAUGUCUGUAAUAAUACAUGGACUUAGAAGAAACUAACGAUUGGCACACGCAAACAGGUCGGCGAAAAAACAAAAUUGGCAAAAUUGGGAAGAGUGAAAUCGAACCUGUUUUUGGUUCGGCAUUUAUUUGGUUGUUUUGAUUCUCAUCUUGAAGACAGAGAGUAACAGUUUUGUUUUCGUUUCGUUUUCAUUUGACCAAGUGAUUGAAAGAAACAUUUUUAAUUAGUCCUGUUGUUUAAUCGUUUCGCCAAAACUUGUGACAUUUUUAUUUCAUUCUGGACUUGGAUGAACAAUAUGUGUCCACGAACGAAAAAUAUCUCGGGUGCGGGACGGCUUCGGGUGAAUUGAAUAUAGUAAAUAAUGGGUCAAUAAUGGCACAAUUCUGGGCAAAUAUAGAGUAAAUCGUGGGUGGUAUUAUUGAGUCAUCUGAAAUUUCAAUAAUUGAAAAUGUGUAAAAUAACAGCGGUUGAUGUGGGAAUGUGUCUUCCCAAAUGUUUUGUGAUCGUUGUCAAUUUAUUUACUUUCCUACUCGGUUCACUAAUGUUUGGUGCUAGCAUAUUCGGUAUGAUGACCGUUAAUUCGAUGAUAGGGAGUGGAAGCCUUAAUGUACUAUUCUAUGGACCGAUUGCAUUUGGUGGCAUUAUUGUAUUCAUUUCAUUUUUGGGCUGUUGUGGUGCAUGUUGCAAGAAUAGAUGUAUGCUAAUGACGUUCGCAGUAUUACUCUUCAUUAUAUUUGCUUGUCAAGUUGGAGUUGUAUACUUCGUCUACGAUCUGUAUGCCCAACUCAACAAAUCUGUGAACGACUACCUAACGGACACAAUGAAAUCUUCUAAAGAUAAUGAGAUAUUCUUCCAUAUUUGGGAGUUCAUUCAGCAUUUCUUUGGAUGCUGCGGAGUGAAUUCACUAAAUGAUUGGGCAGUGGUAACUGAAACUUUACCAAAAUCGUGCUGCUCAAUGCGAAAUGAAACUGAGGUGACUGAGAUGACUAUGAUGACUGAGAUGACUAUGGUGACUGAGAUGACUAUGGUGACUGAGAUGUAUGAGGAAAUUUCGCAGAACGCAACAGCUUGUACUCAAGAAAAUGCAUUUGAGAGGGGCUGCAAAACAUUGGUGACUGAUUACUUAGCUGUUAUGUUCCAUCCAUUAACGGUAGGCGUUAUCGUUGUGUUGACGAUUCAACUCAUCAAUUUGGUCCUUUCGUGUUUCAUGUUUUUCGUAUAUGGCUGGACGAAUCAUAAAAAUCGUAAAACUUAUUCGGCUAAACACGGGUUUGUAGAUACGUCAUCUAAAAGAGUUCAUGACCAGUUCAUCAUCAAAAAAGACAGAUUUUGAGAUUGAAAUUUCAUUUUGUGUCGUGAAGGAACUAUUGGCACCGACAAUAACUUGUAAAAUAAAUUAGCUGGAACUGUAUUGCUCAAUGUU